AUACCGGCAACGAAAUUUUAGAUAAGUUGAAGUUUACUCAGUGUGAAGAUAGGAAGUGGGCCAGUUGAGAACAGUUAACAAUAUCAAAAUUUUUGAGGGACUUGAAACCUUAAGCUCCGUUUUUUCCAUAAAUCACGAGGAACAUGUGAGAGUUUGCAUUGUUUUCCAGUUUAUUUUCCAUUUAUUUUUGCGAACGUUUCCUUAGUCGGCACUACCUUCCCCCUCCCCCUCUGAGCCUCUCCUCUUACCUUCAUUACGAGAUUGCUGGAAAACAAGUCUUGUUAUUUGGAGGAGAAAUAGCCCUCCCUCGCAGGUAUUUGAAGGCACUUGAGUAGUUUGGUCUUAGACAAGUGUAUUUAUUGAUUGGCAGAAGAUGGAUGAACAACAAUCUCCAAGUGAUUCACUUGAAUUGCCUCUCAUCACGAGGAGUGAGAAGUUUGUAACUGCACGUCAAUUCAAAAUUCCAACUCCUAUUAAAUCAAAGAAUGUUUACUUUUAUAAAAGUGGUGACCCACAGUUUUCUGGAAUUCGGAUAAGUAUCAACAGGCGCACAUUUAAGACAUUUGAUUCUUUAUUAGAUAAUUUGUCUGAGAAGAUUCCAUUACCAUUUGGGGUACGAACAAUUAGCACACCUCGUGGUAACAAUAGUGUGACAAGUCUUUCAGAUCUUAAGGAUGGCCAAGCUUACAUUUGCUCUGACCAACGGAAGGUGAAGCCUAUUAACCUUGAGCUAGCUAAUCAGAAACAUAAACCCUGGUUUAUUAGCAAACCUUUUAAUCCUGAACAGCUUGCGUCAAGACAGAUCAGACAGAAAGCCUUCAAGUCACUUCAUGGGGACUUAACAUCAUCUACAGGAAUUCCAAAGAAGCUUGUAAUCUUCAGAAAUGGUGACCCUACUUUUAAACGUAACCUAGUUUUGAACAGGAACAAAGUACAGAACUUUGAUGUAUUGUUGUACCAUAUUAGUGAGCUGAUGAAUUUUCCUGUACAAAAGCUGUACAGCACGGAUGGGAAACAGAUUGAUUCUCUUUACCCUGUGAAAUUUAAACUUGAAGCUGUUGUUGCUGUUGGCCGUGAGGGUUAUAAGCUGAGAAAAUAUGUUGAUUCAAAAUUUCCACAAAUAUCAAAUCGUGAUCAGCUCAAGAAUUUCAAAAAAGCAGGAAAAUACCAUAAGAUAAAGUCAGGGAGAAGACAAUGGAAGAUUAACUCAGUAUCUCCUUCUAGCACAAAUUCUGAGCUUUAUUCCACGUCUUCUGGUAACUUAUAUAUGAAUGACAAUAAAAACUUUUUAGUGAACAGCUUCUCUUUACCUGAAAAUGAAACAUGCUGUGACAACAGUUGCAUUUAUACAAGAGAGGAUCGGUUUGUGAUACCAUCAGAAGAUGAUAUUGAGAAGCUCAUCUACAUGAAUGAAGAUGGUAGCAUGACAGUAGAAAUGAGAGUGCACCUCCAAAUAAAGGAAAGCGAGACAGUACAAUGGACUACUACAAUUAAUCGUUCUGAUGUAUGUAAAGAGACAAAUGAUACUUGCAAUUCACAACAAGAAUCUGAUGUUGAAUCAACAAAUUUGAUUAGUGUACAUUGUCAUCGUAAUCCUAAAUCGAUGCAUUUUGAAAAAAUGGACCAUGAGCAAGAACUUGAUGAUCUCUGUAUACCACAAAAAGGCACGAUACAUACAGAACAAGAUAAUGCUGAACAUUAUGAUAUCUCGCAAAGUAAUUCUUUGUACACAAAAGAAAAUCUACCUAAAUUGGAGAUGGAAUUAGAACCAUUGUACUGUUACAAGAGAAAUCCUGAUCCUGGAAAAAUAAUGCAGAACGAGAGAACUCUGAAAAGUAUGACUGUAAGUCCUGAUACAAAAACUACUGUAAAUAUUAUUACACUUCCAAGCCUGGAGGAGUCAGGACUUGGAGAGAGUAUAAUUGAGCACUGUUGUGAGCGUUUUCCAAUGUCCAAAUCAAUAGAAUCUUGGAAAAGAAAUAAUUAUGUUAUUUCUGAUGAUUUACAAGCAUGGGAAGAGAAUAAUGUAAAUGCUCAAGCAGAAGAAAAAAACACCUUUGAUAAAAGCACAUAUUUUGUUUUGAAAAACUCUACUUCAAUGUCUUCAAGACCCUACUAUGAAGAUCAAUUAACUGUAAUGAAAACUAAUCCCAACACUGAGCAUAUGAAUACAACAAAUGUAUUCCCACAUUACUUGGAAGAAAUUGGAUGUGGUAACUUUGUAAAAUUAAAUUUGAGACCCAAUUCAGCAGAUCCAAUCUACUCCAUUUCAAAACAAGUAAAAAAAGAUUUAAGGAGACCAAUGAGUGCUUUAUUCACAUAUUCUAGAUCUUCUUCAUCAAUUCAUAAUGAAACAAGUGGCUUGUCAUCUAGACUGGUAUGUUCAGAUACAUUCACAGGAAGAAAACAGAAAACUGAUGUAAACACAAGCUGUUCAUGCAGUUCUGAGAUUUGUGAAGCCAGAAUGUGUUGCUUUUUGGAAGAUUCAAAGUAUUCACAGAGUUCUGCAAUCAGAAAUCAGGAAUGCAUUAAAUCUGCUGAGGUAGAACUGCCAGUUAAUACAGAUUUAAAUGAUUCUUUAUCUACCAAUGAAGAGGAAAGAGCUUUUUGCAGAACUGACAAGACAAACCCUGUUAUCAAUGACACAGUGACUAUGUGUUGCCGAAUAUAUGAGCAGAAGACCAGAAACCAUACAAGCGAGAAUGCAAAGUUGCACCUAGAAUACAGCAGUUAUUCACAAGAAGCUCAAGUACUAGACGAGCUUGCGAAACCUGACAUCUUGAGUGAUCAUCAAGAAUUAUUAGUCAUUGAUGCUGACAGGCAUCAGACCAGUGAUCUUAAUCCUGUUGAAAUGUCUAAUGAAAGCAAAGUGACAUUUCAUAUUGAAAUCGGCAGUGAUAGUUAUGUAUCUCACAAGUCAACAAGAUUGAUACAACCUGAAGAAAUCAAUUCUAAUGUGUUGUCAAUAAUUUGCCCACCAGACAAAGGGCGUAGUAGUACAGAAUUACUGGACAAUAAAUUACAAAGAAUGGGAUACCAAGACAUUAGCACCAUCAACAACAAUAACAGCUCUGUGAUAUCCUCCCCUGAAGUAAAUGCUUUCCAAGAUGAUUUUUCUUCAAUAAGAGCCUGCGAAAAAGAAUUCUAUCAGUUUCAUGAAGAAGGUGUUCAGUGUAGCGUAGUUACAACUGGUGAAAAUUCUAAUUUGCCAAGAAGGUCCUCGCUAAAAACCAGUCUUGACUCUGAUUCUCCUCCAGGUGGAAAUAAAAAACAAAUCAGCAAUAUCAACAGUAGUUCAACAGAAAACAACAUCCAAAAGAGUUGUUCUAAUACUAGCAGAAAGAAAUGGAAAAAUCAGGCAAAGGAAAAGAGAAAAACAUUUCAAGUUGAAAAUUUUAAAUGUGAUGUUGAAACCUCCGUGCAAAGUUUUCCUACUUUGCAACAAAAAGGGCAGAAACCACAUGAUAUUUCUCAACAUCAAAAUCUUGGACAAAAUGGGGAAGGAAGAAUGUCACCCACUUCAAAUAUGGUGUGCUAUGACUUAAAUCUUAGGCCUACUCCACUAACGCAAUUUGAAGAGGAGCAGCCAAUUGAUAAUUUGACUAGUGAUUUCAGAGAAGCAUUUGAAUUGCCUGAUAGUGAUUAUGAUUUUAUUAAUCAAAUCAAAAAAUUUAAAUCUGAAACAAAGGAACCAGAUGAGCACAAAUUAAUACAACUAUCAGCCAAAGUUGUAAAUGAGGCACAUGAAAUGCCAGAUGACUGCAUCAAUGAUCAUUCAUCACAAUGUCGAGUAACUGCUUCAAAAGGAAGGAUUAGAUUUGCAGCCAAUUCAAAUGAGAAUCCAUGCAGUACCAUUAUGAAAAUGACUGAUAACAAACUUAAUAUAAUUGACUUUGCAAAAGAUAAAAAUGACAUUGCAAUUCAAACUGAUGUUGGACUAGUUUCUGAAAUAGCUGAAGAAAAAGGCUCUAUUGGUGAACUUAACCUAAGUGAAGUGUUAUGCAAGCUGCAAUCAAUGGUUGAUAUGAUCAAAGCUAUCUCUCAACAGAGCUACAAAACUCGUUCAGCUAAGACUAAUGAAAUACCUGAUAUUUCAGAACAUCUUGCUGCUACACUGAGUACAUCAUCAAAGGUUCUCCUUGCUUGGUUUGCAAUUAUGAAUUUGAAUGUUAAUAUUCCAGUUUCACCAGACAGCGAGAAGCUGGUGAUGAAUAACUGCAAUUAUUUAGAGGUAAUAAGAUUUUUGCAGUCUGUAAAACGUAUUAUCAAGUUUCAAGAAACUGCUGAUUUAAAGAGAACCAUUUCAAAUCUACACAAAUGUGACUCUCAGUUCAUCAAAGUUCAGAAAAACAAACAUGAAGAAUUUGGCUACGAUUUUGAAAAUAACACCAACACAAAAUGCCAUUUAUGGUCUGCAACUUCAGGUGCUGAACAAACUGCUUCAUUUGGUGGUCUGCAACAAAUCAAUGUUGUUGAAAGUGUAAAAUGUUUGCAUACACAAAACAUAAUUGCACAGCUAGGCCAUGCUGAAGAAGUAGAGGCAAAGGAAGGUGUUAAUAAUAAUGCUAACAUUCUUUCAAGUAAAGGCAGAACUAAAGAAUCUGAUAAAAUGCAAGAAACUGGUGACAAGGUAUCUGAACUAUUCAGUACUAGAGGCCAUCUAAUUUCUUCUGACAUUUUAAAAGAUCAGAUAAUAAUUGAUUCCUUGUUUCAAAAUGAAGGCAUAUUCAAAGACGAAAAAGGUAUAAACAAGGAAUGGAUUGAGAGAGAAAUUGCUAAGAGAACUAAUCCUACAGAAGGCUGUGAUCCGACAGAGGAGAUUGGAAGUUUACAACAUACUGAAGAAAUAAGACGAGAAGGUAUUGCUGAAGAUAAAGAAUUCUUCCAUGACAACAACAUUAAUAACAAUGAACAUAAGCAUUCAGAAAAUCAGAGAGAUAAUGAAACUAAUUAUCACUUAACAUGUAAUAAUGGUAUUAAAAAUACCAAUGAAUUGUUAACAGCUUCAGAUGCACCGUAUAUUCAAAAUAAGAUCUCUUUUCAAAGUUUAAUGCAUAAGUCACUUCUGACAAAUGAUGGAUGUCGAUUGAAGCAAAGAGAUGAUUUUUGUCAGAGGGACCAUAUGAGCAAUAGUUAUAGUUGUGAAAUACCUGCUUACAGACUGUCAACAUCUGCUGUGGUUUCUAACAUUGGUUUCGAGAAUGGAAGUAAAACUGACAACAAUCAAUUGAUACAAACAAAAGUAAUCUGUGAUAACACUUUCAUUGAAAGUGAAAUUGAUAAUCAGGAAUUAUUGCCAUUUACAUUCCCCACCAGACCAUUAAAUCAUGUCGAAAAGCACUUAGAAAGACAGCAGACAUCUGACUUGUCUGAAGAGAAUCCAGAAAGUGCUAAUGAUAUUCCAAGUGAUUACAAUUCCCAAGCAUCAAAUGAAAUGACUACAGAGGGAGAGGAAGACAUGUUUUUGAAAACCAAACAUUUCUCUACUACUUUUGUUAGGCAAGCUACUGAGAGAAUGUACAGUAAAUCACAUGUAUCAAAGUGCAUUUCACAUGAUCAGUCGUCCAAUCUCUGUGCAGAAACAGAAACCAUUUUCCAUUCUGGAAAGAUCAAUGACAUCAGGGAUGGUCUGUAUAUUGAAAAGGGGAGAUGGUUGCUAAAAGAAAACCAUUUAAUAAGGAAGUCUCCACCUUUAAACAUGGGAAUGUAUGGAAAUCUAAGUUCUACAACAUUUGAUAACACAAGUGUUGAUUCUGCACAUCCACAAGUUAGUACUAUGCAUUCAGGUUUUGUGCUUACUGAAUUAUCAUCAACAGAGAUUGAGGAGAGGACCACAUCAAGACCUAUGUGCAGAUAUUUUAACAUGCUUCAUGGGAGUGAUUCAGAACCAUUCCCAGAAUUAAACUGUCAAAAAAAUAAGUAUAGAAAUAUGUCUGGUGGUUCCCAUAUUGCCAAAAGGAAUGAAAACAUCAAACAAUCACCUGAAGUGUGCAUUGGGACUACACAGAUGUAUGGUGAAAUUAGUGACAAUGAUUCAUCUUUUUCAUCCGUGGCGUUUCGAAUGUUUGACAACAAAGUUGGUCCCCUGGCCCAGCCAUUAUGUCAAGAAAAGGUGAUCGAGCAGCCAUCUAAAGAAACUGCCAGAGCUCUUCAAAAUCCCGAUUCUCUGGAUAAAGUCCAUUUUUUAUGUGGUCAGCACUGCCCAAUUCUUACGGCUGUCAUUGAUUUAACCAGUGAGGAGAGCCGAAGAUUUGUAUAUCAAAAAAAAUCAGAUGUGGAGAAUCUAUGGAUACAUUUUGAAGAUGAAAAUGAUAUUUUUAACAUUAAGAAAUCUAAUGGUUUAACCCCCGGAAGUGAAAAAUUCUCCAUAUUUAACAAAAAUUUAACUGAUAUUAUCAGUGAAAUAUCUAUGUUUAAAACUCAAAGUAUUGAGAAUGACAUUAAAAAAAUUAAGUUAAGACUCGAUACAAACUAUUUGAGUGCUAACCUUAAAAAGUUGAAAGUUCCUUUGCACACUGAAGAGACAGAGUUGAAGAAUAAUGACAAGGCAUUACAUAUUCAGGCUAAGAAAUUAUAUAUACGAAGAAUAGUACAAUGGUGGUUCUUAAAAAAAGUAUUAGAAGACAAUUUGAAAGACAAAGUAAGGAACAUUAGCUUGUCAGACCAAGCACAGUAAGUGCAAAUUCAGCAGAUAAAUUGACUGAUCCCUGCAAUUCUUGAUACAUGAAGUAGUAUAUGAUGAUGUUACUCUUCCUUUUAUGGAAGAUGAGGUUAUUGGCCAAACUAUGCACUCACUUAUUGUCAUUCCAAACAAGGCUGUAGUGAAUACUGAAAAAGAACUAUAUUGUGAAAAACCCAAGACAAUGCUUAAAAAAAUACAAUGAAUAAAAAAUGUGCAGUCAGCAAGGUGAUGGGAUGUAUUCAGAAGUGUUACAAUUAUUCCAUUCUUAUGAAUGAAAGUCAGUUGAGACAAAGAAUUCAGCUAUCAUAACAUUAUUAAAUUUAUGCCCAAAAAAUGUCUUUGGACACAAAAUUAGAUGGAAAAACAAAUGUUUCAAACAGGAGAUAUAUUAACAAUGAGCAAACUUUUUUCGCAAACUGGAAAAGUUGUUAAAUUUGAAGCUUUGUGCAAUUUAUUUUCUUUUGCUUUAAAGCAAGUACUAUGCAUUAAUUACAAAAUUGGCUUUCAACUUGUACCUCACAAAUUAAGUUUGUAGUGAAAAUAUAACAACAUUAAUUUUGUGCUUUUCAGGUGUUCAACUUUGCAUGUUUAUCAAUGUAAAUAUUUCUAUGAACAUUAGAUAAAUAGUUUAAAUUGUUUGCAGCCUCCAAAUUUUAUAUACCUUCUUUGUUCUAGAGCUUCAGCAAACAAAAUUCACACUUGUUUAAUGUUGGAGAAAUGACAAUUUGACAAGCAAUUUAAUUUUUCAAACUAUUCAUGGAAUUUUUCUGGACAUUUAUACAAAGCGUUCAGUGAUAUCAGAUAUGAUCAAUUUCCCUCCUAUCUAAUGAGUUGUUGCUUUUCAGUUUAGACUUGAACAUAGACCAACAUUAUGCAAAUGAGAUGAAUAGUAACAAAUAGUAAGAUAUUGAGACAGUCAUGAGAUGUAAUUUAAACUCUCAUUUUUACCAAAGAGUGCUUAUAUAAUCAUGUUGAAGAUAUUUAAAUAGUAAGUAGCAAGCUAACUUACAUACUUAUCAUCAACCUGAGCUACAAAUCUUCUCAAAAAUCACCAACAUUUAAACAUUACUAUAACUGCACUAUGUUUUCUCCUGUCUGACUUUUUGAUUCAUAUAUUAAACAAUGAUCUCCUGACAAUGCACGGGAGAAUGAUCUUUAAUCUGAAUAUGUAUUCUGUUUAGAUUAAGUAUCCACUUGGUGGGUACUUUCUUGGAUGUAACUGUCCAACAAGCUUUCUGGCCAUCUUAUCCAGUGUUAUUCUGGAAUGCAAGCUUUCCUAGUCCUAAUGUAGUUAACAUUUUGUCUAUAUCCAAUGGUGGAGUGGUUUGCGAAAUAAAAUAUUGAUGCUGGUUGUAACCAGCUUCAUUCCUGAAGAAGGGCUUAUGCCCGAAAUGUCGAUUCUCCUGCUCCUUGGAUGCUGCCUGACCUGCUGUGCUUUUCCAGCAACACAUUUUUCAGCGCUGGUUGUAACCACACUGGCUGAUGAUAAAGUUAUAUCAUCGAUCACUUCUGGAUAGAAAAAACUGACAAGAGUAUGGGGAUUGCACAUAUCCAAUCAAUACUUUUUUACAAUAAGCUAAUAAAAUGUUUACUCCAAAACAAAAAUGAGGAGCUGAUUUUUGAGCAGGAAGUAGGAUUCCUGUCAUAGAGUCAGAGAUCUCCACUAUAGCUAAAAGCCCUCUAACCACUCAUACCCAUACUGAUCAAAAACAACCACCUGACUAUCCUAAUCACAUUUUUCAGUACUUGGCUGAUAGCCUCGUAUGCUUUGGCAUUGCCAGUGUGAACGUAAAUUUUUUAAAAAAGUUAUGAGGGUCUCUUACAGGCACUGUCCUUUGCAUAAAAGUCAGAAGCACAUCCAACCUCACUUUCUUGAUUCAAUCUGCAGCCCUUUAACAGCCAUUCAGCAACAUGGGGCAGUCAUUCUGCUCCCAACUGGGAUGUAUAGUCAUCAGUGAUGGAGUGAUAAAAAUUGUGUGUAGAAAACAAAAUUAGAAGAAUAUAGUGAUCUCAAAGGGUUUGAGGACUGAAUGCACUUGGAGAAAUCCAGAAGGAUGAGAACAAAAGGGAUUGAAGACAAAGUUGCAAAAUUCUUUUUAAAAUUGAAGUAUUUACCUGACCAACUGAGGUCAGAGAGUUUUGGGGGUGAAUGGAUGAAGAAAUUAAGUAUUUAUCACAACUCUAAAAAUAAAAUGACUUUUCAAAAUUUCUUUAAACUUUUAUUCAAAGACAGUUGUAUUCCCCUGUUAAUGAUUGUACACCAUUGAAUUUACAAUGAAAUAAAAAUUUGUUUUUAUGGAAUGAUCUUUUUCAUUUGUAUUCAAAUGUAAUUGGUCUGAUUAUGUGAAAUAAUUUGUAAGCAGAGUUUUAUUAA